CUAAAAUAUUGAGUGCUUAGAUCGCUGUGCUUGUCGUAUAUUUCUUUUUCGUAGAUGGUUUAAAUAUUUUAGUUUCUACAAAUAAGUAUUAGAGCAGCAAUAAGUUAUUAGCCUAAACUUACAUUUUAAAUAUUAUUUAGUGUAGAAGUUAUUAAAUGCCAUAAAUAUGGCGCAUUUGCAAUACAUGCCCGGGGAUCCGCGUCUUGUCGAUCAACUCGUUUAUGAAUUAAAAUCGAAGGGUAUAUUUGAUCAGUUCCGUAAGGACUGCAUAGCAGAUGUGGACACUCGUCCCGCUUACCAGAACUUGAGGCAGCGUGUUGAGAACUCCGUGUCCUCAUUCCUGUCUCGACAGUGCUGGAAACCCGACCUUAACAAGAACCAGCUCAGGGAGAAGCUCAGAAAACAUAUCUUGGAUGGUAACUACCUAGAACAGGGUGUAGAAAGAAUUGUUGAUCAAGUGGUAAACCCUAAAGUAGCAUCAGUAUUCAUACCACAAGUAGAAGACCUAGUGUACAACUACUUAGGCGUACCUAGAAAGAAAUCAACUGCAGAAACAUCGAACGGUAAAGUAGCUGCAGAUGAUCUUCUUCCAACAGACUUGGAGGCUGUCAGCCCUGGCUCAGUCAAAAGCAAUGAUGACAAGUUUGAAGAGAUAGACAAAGAUCUUGAAGAGAAUAAGAUGGAAGUAGAUAAUGUAAAGGAUGAAGAGAAACCAUCAGUUUCUGAAGUAGAGAAACCAAAAGUUGAAGGUGAUUCACAAAAUAAUAUUAUUGAACUCACAAAUGAUUCUGAUAUGGACAUUGAUAAGUCACAUGACGAUAUAAAGCUAGAAAAUAUACCGCCUCCCGACAACAGUCCGCCGAAGGUAGAAAAUGAAAAUAUACAACUUGAGAAAAUUGAACUUCCAAGAGAACCGAACAUAGCACUUUUGGAAGCACCACAUCCUGAUGAAAUACCGCUUCCAAAAGAUGAUAAGGAUCAGUUCUUCAAACCUAUAGGUGUUAAUAGUGAUGAUGAUUCAAGCAGCGAUUCGUCCUUGCGAAGGAACAUGUCUCCAUUAACUCCAAUUAGGAAUUACAAUAAUGAAAAUUCUUGCGAUGCCCAGCAGGCAUUCGAGAAUGAUUCAGAUAGCAAAAGUAACGAUGUUAAAAAGGAACCGAGUUCAUUUAGAUUCGCUAUAGAAGCUAAAUCUCCGGAACAGAAUAGUUUGGAAGCAAAACCAGAAAAGAAAGAUAGUGAGCAAGCAAACUUGGCAUACCAGUUCAACAAUCAAGUGAAUAUAAACACUACACACACCUUCAACACACCGAUGUAUGACGACAGCUCAAACAGCAACAACCUACAAAUAGAUUAUGAAAGUGACGUCAACAGCAAAAUAAAUGCAGAGAAAGUACCCGAGGCAGACCAAAACUCUGAGGACAAGAGAGAUAAAAAAAGCGAUGAUCGAAAAAGUAGCCACAAAAGCUCGCACAGAUCUAGGGACUCACACAGACAUUCAAGUAGCAAGGACAAGAGAUCAGAAUCUAAACAAUCAUCGUCUAGAGACAGUAGCAGACAUGAUAAGAAACCUAAAGAUGAUCAUAGUAAAUCUAAAUCCAGCCACAAGGAGAGAGAGAAGUCGAGAGACAGAUCUGAAAAGAAGGAUAGUAGAGACUCUUCUAAACAUAGAAGUUCUUCACACAAAAGUAGCUCUAGCCACAGAGACUCAAAAUCUCACCGCAGCUCAAGCUCAAGCCAGAAACAUUCGAGCGACAAAAAAUCAUCCGAUGACAAGAAAUCAUCCGAUGACAAAAAGUCUUCAGAUGAUAAAAAAUCGGAUGAAAAGAAAUCUUCAUCUUCCUCAAGUCAUAAAUCUGAAAGAAGUACCGAGAAAAGUUCUGAUCGGAGUUAUAGGGAUAAAAGAGAUUCCAAAUCUAGCUCGCAUCGGUCUGACAAAGACAAAAAGAGUAGCAGCAAGAGCAAACAUGACGAGAAAGAUAAGAAAAAGGAGAAGAAAGAUAUUGAUGAUCAUUAUAGUGUCUCAGGUAGAGGCAAUCACACAAGGCGAUCAACGGACAGAGAUUCAAAUGACGGCAGCUCAUCUUCCAAAGGAUCUCACAAUCAAUCAGCUUCAAAAACUGCAGAAAACAAAAAAGAAACAAAGAGCUCCAGCUCCAAGUCGGAAAAUACCUCAACUAGCGGAGAAUCUAACAGUCCCAGUGACAAAGAACAUGUAAAAACCGCUUGCGACAUGAAAAAUAACCAAAAACCUAUCAGAGUUGAAAAUCAUUUAGAGACUCCUAUCACAAGCCCCCCAAGAUUGCCAUUUGUACCAGAUGUGACCCUAAAGAAACCAAAAUUCGCAGCGAAUCUAGAAGAAGCUAAAAGGAUGAUGAAAAUGAGGAAGUUCUUAGACGAAGAACAGAAACGAAUGAACCAAGAAGCUGCGUUACUUCUUGAAUUUCAGGCGAAUGUAAGGCCUAGUUUAAGUCAAGUGUAUUCUAGCAUUCCUGGACCUGAAUUGGAAUUCGCAUGCGUGGGAAGUGAAGCCAAUAGUAUUGUCCAAACUAAAAUAAGCAAAACUGAGCCUGCUGCGGAAGAAUUGGCUGCAGAGCCUGAAGAGCUUGUAGAGACAGUGGAAAGUGUAGAGACUGUGGAGCCUAUGGUUACCGAACAGGAGACCGAAAUUAAGGAGAUGAAUAUUGAAGAAGAAAAAGUUAAAAACGAAGUUUCAAUUAAUAUCAACCUUGAAAAUACACAGACAAAUGACACAGAAAUCUUUGAGGAAAUCGAAACAAAACCAGAUGCAGACAAAAAGGAAACUUACAACGAAAACAAACCGUUUUCUCAGCUCAUGGAUGAAAUAUCAGAAUACAGUAAAGCUUCAGAAAAAAUCAAGAAAGACGCGUUAGAUAAUUUAGUCGAAGAUGAAAAUAAGAAAAGAACAGAAUAUUUCGAAGUCACUAUUAUAACAGAAGAACUUUCGGAAACGGAUGAACCUGAAAAUACUUUAACUGCUGAAUUAGAGCCUGAAUCAGAAUCUAAAGCAGAGCCUAAAAAAUCUAAAGAAAUAUCUAAGGAGUCUCCAGAGUCACCUAAACCCGAAAUAGUUGAAGUUACCGGCACAGCAGACGAAGAAAAUCUACAGUACUUCGCUGAACAUGAAAAAUUCGACGCAGAAUUAAAGAGACACCAAUAUAGCGAUUUCCUUAAAGCGUACAUAGAAAGAAACGUGGUUUCCAACAAAAUCCACAUAGUAAACUGCGAUUCAUAUGAAGAGAAUAUAAUAAAAGAGGUAUGCGCGAGCUUUGGGAACUUUGAAGUUAUUAAUUAUUACAAAAACGGACAUUUGAAAUUGCCCAAACCAGCUAAAAAUGUGAUUAAGAACGUUAAUUUGGCUUCAGAGAUAUCUUUACCUAUAGACAACACAUAUGGAUCAAAGUCUCCUACCCCAGUUUUUAGUCCUUCAAAAUCGGAGUGUUCCUUCGAAUUGUCCAGUGAUUAUGAUGCCAAAUUAGAAGAGAUGGUAAACAAGACAUCUCGGCAAGAAGUCAUGGAGAUUAUACUCGGCAGCGUUAUAAGCCAGGAUGAGAACCCUUCGAUAGACUACUGUACAGAGUCGAAUAUUGAUAAUGAGUUGCACUUGAAAAGGAAAAUAGAAAGCGAGCCUGCGGAGAACAAUAACAGGCAUGUUUUGAAGAAAAUGAGGAAAUUGAGCGACUCCGAUCAGAUCUCAUCAACCACAGAAGAAAGCGAAGAGGUUUCGAACAACAAUAGGGUUCAACCGACGCGGUCUAAAUACUUGGGUAGGGCGCGACGGGUGGGUUUGUCAAGGCCAAGGAGAAAUACAAAUAAUUUGCCAAACAGUCCUUCAAGCGAUAAAUCAGUGGAGAACUACGAACAGAACGCUCAAGGAACACCACAAACUCCAAAUGGCAAACUCAAGUCCGUCACGCGAACGAAAGUUCAAAGGUACGAUACCUCUGACCUGUACAAGCCUAAGCUUCAUUAUUUGUCCAGAAGAAAUAACAUCAGUUAAUUCAAUUUGAUUUGUUUUACUGUCUAUCCUAAGCCGAAAUGUGACCACUUGCCAGAUUCAAGGAAUAUUAUUUUUCAUAAGGCCUGACUGUCAUUUGUCCUUUGACAAUCCUCCAAAAGUGACAGAUACCAAAUUUUUCCCCUUAUUGAAACGUUUACUUUGAGUAUACUGUUGUCUAUCUAUACGUAAUGUAAGUGCUGCAAGACUUAAAAUAUUUUUUACCUAAAAAUGAAGUAUGUAGGUACAACUUCAAAAUGACAUUCUAAUUAAAAACAUCAAAAAUCAUCGAAAAUCUCCACAUUUCUGGUUGUCAGAUAGGGUGCACAAAAAAAUUGUCUUUGCUAUAGUGAAUCUACUAUACUUUUUUAUGUGGAGCUUUUGUUGUAAGGCCCAAAGACGUAUUUUGAGUACCUAUUCUUCGAGUUUAACCUUCAUUACUAUAGUAGGUCUAUUUUCAGCUUAGGUUGACGACAGGUGAUGAUGAUAAGGUUGGUAUCAUUUUCAAGCCAUAAUCUUUCCCAAGGCAAUGAAAUACCCGAUUAUUGUAACGUUUAUAAUAUUUUUAUAUUGACUUCCUAUUUAAUUUGUAAAGCUCCACGCAUACUCUCUUGAACUGAUGUGUUAAUUGUGAAAAAAAAAUUGUAAUAUGUGAUAAACUUUUGAUUUUGACAACUAAGAUUAUGACUUUUAGAGUCAAAAUCAAGUGGAAAGUAAAAAAAAAAACUUUACAAAAUCUUCAAGAUAUUUUGAACUAUGUACGUUUGUGACCUUUAUUUACAUACUUAAAUUAGCUAAAAGUUUAUUUUAAACUGUGUUCUGCUGACAAAAUAA